UGUGGCUUCUACGGGAUGCAGGAGAAGGUCCUCCUGUUUCGUCACGACCCGACGUCGGACCUCGUGCUGCAGCUGCUGCGCUCCGCCUCGCAGAUCCAGGAGGGAGACCUGGUGGAGGCCAUCUUGUCAGCUUCAGCCACCAUGGAGGACUUCCAGAUCCGUCCCCACAGCCUGUUCGUCCACUCGUACCGAGCCCCGACCUUCUGCGACCACUGUGGGGAGAUGCUGUGGGGGCUCGUGAGACAGGGGCUCAAAUGUGAAGGUUGUGGUCUGAAUUAUCAUAAACGCUGCGCCUUUAAAAUCCCCAACAACUGCAGCGGGGUGAGACGGAGACGCCUGUCCAACGUGUCCCUGACAGGAGGGAUGGUCAACAUCGGGCGGCCUCUGUCUGCAGAACCUUCGCCUCCACACUACACCGACGAUGCUUUACUGUCACCCGUCAGUCCCAACAUGGAGAAGAACCAGUUGGAGUACUUCCCUGGGCGGGAGCGGCGGGCCAGCACCCAGUCUCACAUCGGCCGACCCAUCGAGCUGGACAAGAUCCUGCUGUCAAAGGUCAAAGUUCCCCACACCUUCCUGAUCCACUCGUACACCCGCCCCACCGUCUGCCAGCACUGCAAGAAGCUGCUGAAAGGCCUCUUCAGACAGGGGCUGCAGUGCAAAGAUUGUAGAUUUAACUGUCACAAACGAUGCGCUCUGAAGGUGCCCAACAACUGCCAGGGAGAGGUUUCCAUAAACGGAGAUCUCUUGAGCCCGGGGGCGGAGUCAGAUGCGAUCAUGGUGGAGGGUUGCCUUGACGACCACAACCCUGACCGAAGAGCGAGCCUCAUGGAUGAUCUGGACGACGCUUUAACUUCAGAAGUAGGUUUGAUGCUGGAGACAGGACCCGGUGACCCAGACCUGGAUGACUCCAACCGUGCCAUAAGCCCAUCCACCAGCAACAACAUCCCCCUGAUGAGAGUCGUUCAGUCUGUUAAACAUGCCAAGAGGAAAAGCAGCAACGUAAUGAAGGAAGGCUGGAUGGUCCACUACACAAGCAAAGACAUUCUGGUCAGCGGUGUUGGACAGGAUGUUGCUCGGAUGUGGGAGAUGGCCAUCCAGCACGCUCUGAUGCCGGCAGUCUCCACAGGAAUCUGCCACACUUCCCACCACAGCGGGCACAAGGAAGUUUCAAUUAGUAUUUCGGUCUCCAACUGCCAGAUCCAGGAGAAUGUGGACAUCAACUCGGUUUAUCAGAUCUUCCCUGACGAGGUUCUUGGUUCUGGACAGUUUGGGAUUGUUUAUGGAGGUAAACACAGGAAGUCUGGUCGGGACGUGGCCAUCAAGAUCAUCGAUAAACUUCGUUUCCCCACAAAACAAGAGAGUCAGCUGCGCAACGAGGUGGCCAUCCUGCAGAGCCUGCACCACCCGGGCGUGGUGAACCUGGAGUGCAUGUUCGAGACCCCGGAGCGGGUCUUUGUGGUGAUGGAGAAGCUCCAUGGAGACAUGCUGGAGAUGAUCCUGUCCAGUGAGAAGGGUCGGCUGCCCGAGAGGAUCACCAAGUUCCUUGUCACGCAGAUUCUCGUGGCGUUGCGUCAUCUCCACUUUAAGAACAUCGUUCACUGCGACCUGAAACCUGAAAAUGUGCUCCUGGCUUCUGCAGACUCUUUCCCUCAGGUGAAGCUUUGCGACUUUGGAUUCGCUCGGAUAAUCGGUGAGAAGUCGUUCAGGCGCUCGGUGGUCGGCACGCCGGCGUACCUGGCUCCGGAGGUUCUGAGAAACAAAGGUUACAACCGGUCCCUGGACAUGUGGUCGGUCGGAGUCAUCAUCUACGUCAGCCUCAGCGGGACGUUUCCCUUCAACGAGGAUGAAGACAUCAACGAUCAGAUCCAGAACGCAGCCUUCAUGUACCCCCCUCACCCCUGGAAGAAAGUUUCUCAGGAAGCGAUUGACCUGAUCAACAACCUCCUGCAGGUGAAGAUGAGGAAGAGGUACAGCGUGGAUAAGACCCUCAGUCACCCCUGGUUACAGGACUAUCAGAUGUGGUUGGACCUGAGGACCCUGGAGACUCGAAUGGACGAGCGCUACAUCACCCACGAGAGCGACGACCUGCGCUGGCUCCACCACGCCCAGCUCAGCGGCCUCGACUACCCCACAAACCUCCUGAACGGGUCCCGCAACAUGGUGGAUCCUGGACUGGAACGUUACAGAGAGAAGGAAGAGGAGCUGCAGACCCUCAGUGAGAGGGUCAGCGAGCUCUGAGGGU